AUACAAGUUUUCACCCUCAAUCUCUUCCGUUGAACCCUUUCCCUUUAUCGAAGUGUUCUAAAGUUUCUUCAUAUUUAAUUUAUUUGAUUCAUACUACUACAAUCAGCACCCAAUCUUCAUAUACUUUGAUUCUUCAUCUCUCCCAAUGAAACGAGGCUACCGAGAAUCUCCUUCAUCUUCAUUCGGUCCACCUCAAUCUAAAUCUAGACAUAACUCUCAAGGUGAUGCGAAUUUCCUGGAGGAUGAAACCACAAAGAAUUUUGCUCAGAAAGUAGCUGAUCAUUACAGUGCAAGAUCAAACCAGACCCUGGAAGAACGAGAAGCUAGCCCAAUAAUUCAUUUGAAGAAACUUAAUAAUUGGAUUAAGAGUGUCUUAAUUCAGCUUUACGCUCGCCGAGGAGAUGCAGUACUUGACCUUGCCUGUGGCAAGGGUGGUGAUCUUAUCAAAUGGGACAAGGCCAAAAUUGGAUAUUAUGUUGGUAUUGACAUUGCGGACGGUUCAAUCAAAGAUUGCCGUACCCGUUACAAUGGUGAUGCUGACCAUCAUCAACGACGUAAAAAGUUUUCGUUUCCUGCUCGCCUCAUGUGUGGAGAUUGUUACGAGGUUCGCUUAGACAAAGUUCUUGCAGAUGAUGCUCCUUUUGAUAUCUGCAGUUGCCAGUUUGCAUUGCAUUACUCCUGGUCUACAGAGGCACGUGCUCGGCGAGCAUUGGCUAAUGUGUCAGCUUUACUUCGUCCUGGAGGCAUUUUCAUUGGAACUAUGCCAGAUGCCAAUGUGAUUAUCAAGAAGCUUAGAGAAGCUGAAGGGUUGACUUUUGGCAACAGUGUCUACUGGAUCCGUUUUGACGAAGAAUUUUCUGAUAAGAAAUUUAAAUCUUCCAGCCCCUUUGGAACCAAGUACACGUUCCAUUUGGAGGAUGCUGUUGAUUGUCCUGAAUGGAUUGUCCCCUUUGACGUAUUCAAGUCAUUAGCUGAAGAGUAUGAUUUUGAGCUUGUUUUUGCAAAGAACUCGCAUGAAUUUGUUCAUGAGUAUAUGAAACGACCGGAAUUUGUGGAGCUCAUGCGAAGACUUGGUGCGUUGGGGGAUGGCAACCAAGAUCAGGGUACACUAUCAGCUGAUGAAUGGGAAGCGGCAUAUUUAUACAUGUCAUUUGUAUUGAGAAAGCGAGGCCAACCUGACAAAAACCAAGCGAGCAGCAAAAAAGAUCGAGGAUUGAUGCAUAUUACAGAGGACGACAUAAUGUUUAUUAAUGGCUAUGACUAUUGACUACUAACAACAAAUAAACCAGUGACUUGCUUUUAAGAAAGGACAUGGAACCGCAUAGGGCGUGAAGCAACCUGCAUUGGCAAUUUGCCAUGAGCCAGUACCAUAUAUCUUACAAUCUUGAAGACUAGCAAUCUUUUGUUGAAUGUUGUAAGUUGGCAAUAAAUGCUUGAAGUGGAUUUUCUGCCCUAGAAAGUGUAACUCAAAAAUCAUGAAAAGUAAAACAUAAGUAAAAACAAUAUCCCAAGUAUUUAUAUAGUUUUUCAUGACUGACAUAUAUAGACAUCUACCAUAUAUGAAUUUAUAUACUUUUUUCUUCUAAA